AUGGCAGCCACAAACGGAGCCAACGGACAUACUAACGGUGCCAAUGGUCAUGGAGGAAGUGCUUUAUGCAGCGUGGAUGAGUUCACAGCACAAAAGUAUGACUAUAUCGUUGUUGGAGGUGGUACUGCCGGGUGUGUUGUGGCUGCGAGAUUGACAGAGGACCCGAAUAUUACUGUUGGUGUCAUUGAAGCUGGCGCCAACCGGAUGGACGAUGUAAAUGUUCUGACACCUUCAUUAUAUCCGACCUUGAUUGGAAGGGACAAGUACGACUGGUGUAUGACAAGUAUACCACAGCCUAAUGCAGGUAACAAGUCCUAUUCCAUGCCUCGUGGCAAGCUCUUGGGAGGUUCCAGCGGCAUCAACUACCUCAUGUACGUCAGGGGCUCACGAGGCGACUAUGAUGGGUGGGAGUCAAUGGGAAACGAAGGCUGGGGCUGGAAAGGUAUUGCACCGUACUUCAGGAAGCAUCAAAGACUGGACGCCAACGAACCACAUCAUAUGGACCCUCAAUUCAUGCCAAUGGCCAGUAAAGACGAGUAUCAUGGUACCGAUGGACCUAUUCACACCAGCUUCAACGACUGGUACUCUCCCUUUGAAGUUGACUUCGUCGAGGCAUGUCAUGCGGUCACUGGUACGAAGAAGACAAUUUCUGACGCAUGGUCCGGAGAUCACAUGGGAUUCUAUUCGAGCUUGGGUGCAGUCGAUAGGACUGACGACAAGGGUAACCGAAGCUAUGCAGCGACAGGCUACAUUCGACCAAAUCUCGGCAGAAAGAACCUCAAGGUUUUAGUCAACGCUCAAGCAACGCAGAUUGUGCUUGAGGAUGGCACUGCCACUGGUGUCAAGUUCGUCCACGAAGGCCAAGAGUAUACAGUCAAUGCCAGCCGAGAGGUCGUCCUUAGCGCAGGCGUUAUUCAAACACCACAAUUGCUCGAACUUUCUGGUAUUGGUGAUCCCGAGGUGCUCUCUGCCGCCGGAGUAGAGUGCAAGAUUGAGAACAAAGCAGUAGGAGCAAACUUUCAGGAUCAUGUCCUUGGUGGCUUGCUGUUCGACCUCAAGCCAGGGAUUGACUCUUUGGAUGCCCUUCAUGGUGAGGAGUACAUGAAAGCCCAGCAGGAUGUCUAUGAGAAAACUCGCAAAGGUCCGUAUGGCAGUCCAGGUAUGAUGAUGGGUUUUGUCUCAUACGCAUCGAUUGUAUCGCCAGAAGAGCUGGACUCUACCCUUGCAGAAAUCCAGAAGUCAUCACUGGCUAAGACGCCUUUUGAAAAAGCGCAAGAGAAGGUCAUCGUUGAUCAGCUUCGUGAUCCAACUUUUGCGAACUUACAGACCUUCUGCAUUGGUUGCCGCCUUGACGUGGCGAAAGGAUCCGACCAGACACAGUUCUUCAGUGCACCACCCAAGGGCGUCCAGCAAAUCUCGCUCUUGAUGUGCCUAGAACAUCCAUUAUCUCGAGGAACGGUCCACAUCACCUCUUCUGACCCACUAGCACAUCCACAAAUCGACCCGGGCUAUUUCCGCAACGAAGUAGAUGCCAAGAUACUCGCAGCAGGCAUGAAGUGGAUGGAUCAGGUUGCGAGACAUCCUGAAAUGGCCAAAUCAUUGGCCCGCCGAGAACUGCCGCCGGAGAAUGCAUCACUAGACAGUGAAGAAGAACGAAUUGAGUAUGUGAAGAACCAUAUUAGCACUCAGUAUCACAUCACCGGUACUUGUGCAUUAGGUGAGGCAACGGAUAAUGCGCUACGACUGAAAGGAGUAAAAGGUAUCCGGGUUGUGGAUGCCAGUAUCUUCCCAACGCACGUCUCGGGCAACAUCAUGGCCACGACGUAUGCUGUUGCUGAGAAGGGUGCAGACUUGAUCAAGGCUGAUCAAACGUGA